UGUGACGGGAUAAGUCGUACCUGCCGAAGUUUCUUCCCUUCCCUUCCCUUCCCUACAUAGUCCUAAGAGUCCAGUGUUUGGCUGCAUCAGGUUAAUCCGGGCAGACACCCGGAGACGCCUCACGAGACCAGUACUAUCUCUUGUUCGACAGAAAAAGGCCAGAAGAACGAGGAAGGGUAGUUUUCUUGGUCUCACACCCGCCCCGACGAGUCAGAGACCACCUUAAAGGCUUCAAGUUAGAUUGGUGGGAAUUGCGGAAAACAAACGACGGCAUCGACUCCCUUAACCCAAACACCUUUCCCCGGGAAAGGCGAAGAACCCGCCCGCCCGGUAGGACGAGACCGUGAAUGAUUUUUCAGCCACGAGAAGGAGGAAGCUCGCAUGGCCCGCAACUCAAGGAACAAGGCCGCCCCCAUCACUAGCUGCAUCUCUUGAUACUCACAGCCCGUUUCCUUCUUGAUCUCCUCAAUCUCCUCGUCCCGAAGCAGCGUGGACGCCCGGGAGCCCAUCACAGCUGUCUUACAACGAACAACCGGCUCACAAAAGCACCAGCAAGACUUCUGUUGGCCUAGAGCCAGCGAAUAGGCAGCUUCAACCCCGGAGCCACUAGGCCAACUACCGAGAUUGCAAUUGACAGAGAACGCGACGUCCCCUGUCUUAUCACCUCAGCCGUCUCCUCCCCCUUCCCGCCCAGCUGCGCUGGAGAAUCACUAUAGCCCCACCUAUCGGCAUUGCGCUUGCGCAGAGCGACCCUUUUUUUUCUUGGCACAGUCGUCUGUUCCUGGCGCUCCCUGUGAUUCUGACGUCAUCACAGGCGGUUUUCAAUCGUUCUCCAAAAAUCUACAGACCCCAGUAUAUAACACACACACACACACGUUCUUUGUAUUUGAUGAAAUGGGCUUUAGUUUUUUUAAAGCAUUAUGCCACACUGUGUGUGUUAAACCUCUAAGGGGUUUGAAAGAUUCGUUGUUUAUUGUUUCUCCUUCUAGUGAGACGCAUAGUAUUAUGGGGAUUGUAGUCAGUGGUGUUUAGGCCUCCUAGUGAUUGCUCCGACUUUCCCGUAUGCCUGCUCGUCCUAGGAAUGAAUAUAUAGCCGCCCUGGAAAUCCCCGAGUCUUAAGGAGCUGGGAAGCCUUUUACACUGCUGGUAUUCAAGAUGGCCUCAGAACUUGCUAACUAGAAGACGGUUCUUCUAGGCGUAAGGAAAGCGUUGUUAAUUUUAAUUGUAUAGGUUAUGACCUUUACUUCUCUGUCAACAGCUGUGUUGGUUUCUGUGCUGGGUACAGAGGUGGGACAGAGCACUCCAUCCCUUGUCUGCCAGCCUGAUAGCUCACCUACAUGCAAAUUCUUGUUGCAUAUUAUUUCCAGUUUCUUAUUUAGACUGAACACCAGACUCCUUAGAGGAUAAAGACCAUGAUGGAUCCAAGCAGCGAUUACCAGUUCCUUCAUGACAUUCUGGGGAAAACUGUGAAAAUCACACUGAAAUGUGGCACAUUCCAGGGGGUGCUGCAACAUGUGGAUUCCAGCCGAAGUAUCUUUCUGAAUAGAGUUAAGAACUUGGAAAGUGGCAGACGUGUACCAGGAGUAAAGAUGUUUUUUGGCCAUGAAAUUGUUAAUGUGGAAUUAAUUGAUGACACAGAGCAACAUGCUGCAGAAAGAAAGACAAUUCCUACCAGUACUGUGUUGUGCAGGGAAGGUCCAUUUACCAAAAUGUCUGCAGUGGACAAAGGAGAACCACUGAAGCAGAGCAUUCAGAAUCCUGCCGUUCUUUCCCAAGAGAUUCAGCAACUCAGCUUUGGCAACUUCCGAUAUACCUUUUCAGAUCAAGACAAAGGGGAGGACAUAGAAUAUGUUGUUGUUGAUCAGUUUCAGAAGCAAUUUGGUUCUGCAAUGAUGCACAUCAAAAAGCAAAAUGUUUGUAGUAUAGCAGCAGAGGGUGUCAAUCUGUGUCGUCAUGGAAAACUCUCUUGGCUGCAGGUUGCAACAAGAAGUAAGGUUUUUUUAUUUGACGUUUUUCUUCUGGGAGCUCGAGUGUUCAAGAAUGGGCUCCAAAUGAUACUGGAAGACCAGAAUAUUUUGAAGGUUAUCCAUGACUGCCGGUGGCUUUCUGACUGUCUUUCUCACCAGUAUGGCAUUGUACUCUGUAAUGUCUUUGAUACGCAGGUUGCUGAUGUUUUGCAGUUCUCAAUGGAAACAGGUGGGUUCCUUCCUCAUUGCAUCAGCACUUUACAGGAUUGCUUAAUGCGCUACCUGGGAAUGCCCUACAAAUGUAUCUCUUUCAUGGAACGAAGGCGGCGUGAUGUUGAGGAAAAUCCUGAGGUAUGGUUUGUAAGACCCCUUCCACCUGCAUUGCUGAAUGUAUUAGCUCUGGAAACAGCGUACCUCCUCCCUCUCCGCAUGCUGCUACUCGAUGAAAUUAUGUCAGACCUAACAACUUUGGUGGAUGGAUAUCUAAAUGCAUUUCGGGAAGGAUCUGCAGAUCCACUGGGGAGCACAGAGAUCUCUUGCAUGGAGCUACCACAAGAGCUUAGACAACUGGCAGAUUUUCACAAGGAACGAAGAGAGAGGGCAAUACAGAAGUACCAGCUAAACGAGGAAGGUUUCCUCGUCAGAAAACAAGUAGAACCUUUCGGAACAAAAGUAGCAAAGGAGGAAGGAAACCAAAGGGAUACUGCUGGCUUAACACUUUCCAAUAGGGCAGCAUUCCCUAAAACAUUCACUGCUGGUCCUGUCCAUCUCUUGGAUCAAGUUGCUCAAGACAACUCUGAAGAAGAGGGGAAAGUAAAUCAUUGUGAUAAUCAGUGGGCCACAGCUCGUGGUAGUAAUAUAGAAUCUGAAACAGAAACAAGAGGCCCAGUUUGUUGUAAAUCAGUAUUAGAAGAGACUGAGGUGUUGGGGGGAAAACUGUCGCCAGUAUCAAAGCCACAGACAAAGGUAACUCUGACUUUAGAAGAGGAAAUCAGGCAAUUAUUGACAGAAGACAGGAAUGAAAACACAAAAUCUCCUGCUGCCUCUGCCCUUUCACCUCCAAAAAUGAACAAUUCUAAGAUCUCAUUUCCAGCUGCAAGACUGCCAUCGCCUGCUGGAGACCUAUCUCGCCAAACCCUGUAUAACAUUGCACUGUGUCAAAAUCCUUUUUUUCGAACAAUCCAAGAUUACCGUUUCCAGGUUCCCACAAGAAUCAAGAAGGAAGAUAGUGAUUUGGCCGUUCACUUUGCCCUCCCUUCAGAAUUAGACUGUCAGCUGCCAGCUCCAGGCACUGGAGACAAAUAGCAGAAACUGUUUCUUUUUAAAUUUCUUUGUUGCUAGCCAUACUGGAAGACUUCCAUUAAUGGAACAAAUUCUAGAAAGGGUUGGAGGCAUAUCCCUCAUAUUGUUUGUACUCAUGUAAACACAAUGUGUAUUACUAGUAUUACUUGUACCAUUGUAGGCUCAGAGUCAAGUUCACUAUUUUCAGAUUAUUUGAGAGAACCACAGAUCUUCACUACAUUGGAAUUUUCCAGAUUGUCUAGCUAGGACUAAAGUUCAUGAAUGUUGCAGUACUGUUAACUUCCUGACCAAAGGGAAGGGAGUUUUCAACCCUUUCAUCAUUCUUUUUUUAAAUAACCUUAGCAACCCAACUCACAUGAAGCAUCUGCAAUAUUGGAAAUAUAUUAAUUAAGGAUAAUCAGCUCUUUCCCCCACAUACACAAUAUCUGCAGUAAUGUGUUUGGAACAGGUUUUCAAUUCUAGAUUGCAAAACUGCCCCAGACCAAUAUAGAAAGCUAUUUAUUGCAUAAAAUAUCCAUGGAUAACAGCAUUGCUUGGACAACAUGAGCUUAUAUAAAGGGAAAAGCAAGUAGCUUUUCUAGUUUUUACUUCCAAUCCUAACCAUGUUAUUCUGAAGAAAGUUUGGUUGAUUUCAGUUGGACAUGGAUCCAAGUAUGUAGUCUUAGGAUUGCAGACAUGAUUUGAUUAUGACAUAGAAUAUAAGAUUUUUGCUUUUUCCUUGCAAACAAAUUAAUGUGAAUUGCAUGAACUGUGAUGCAGUACUAAACUGUGUUCGAUGUUUCGAAAGGUAGCUUUUCUUUUUUUGUGUGUGUGUGUUAGGGGGAAAUACAUAGAAACGGCCUGUAGUCAUAGCAUUAUAGCAGCAGAGCUCUAAGGAUGUGAUCCUAAGCACACUUACUUGCAAACAGGUACAAUUGAAGUAUACAUGAGUUAAUUAGUUUCAAAUAGAAGGGCAAAGCAUUUUUAUUUUAUUGGAAUUUGAACGAAUGCGAGCUUCUUAAAAUGUAAGUAUAUUUCAAAUAUAAACAAUGACUUUUUGUUAGAUGGUUUCCUUCCAAGACAUCUCUUCACAAGACAGUUGAAAUGUUUUUGUCUAAAAUUGCUGCCCUGGGAUCCUUUGGGAGAAAGAG